AAGACGAUGUCCUGGCAGCUGCAUAUGUUGAAACUUAGUGUUGGAGGGGAAAUUGGCAGGGAGGUCUUUGACUAGGACAGAAAGUUCAGGGUGAUUAUCUUUCGACAGUAUGCCGUUGUGCUUCCUUAUGUCGAGGAAAAAACCACAGGUUGUUUCUGUGUUUUGGUUUCUCGUGGUUUUUUUAUGAUGCCAACGGGCAACUCUGCCAUUCAGGAGUUUAAUUACUGGUUUGACCUUUCCCCUCUGAAGGUGAAGAGCUGUGAAUGCUGGGAUCUGGAGUUCUUUCACCACUUCAGGCCUCAGUAGUCACACACCACCGUUCAUCGCUCACAUGGUUGAACGGUUGAAUCUGGAACAAACUACUAGAAAACUCCAAAACGGCCAAAACACGGAGUUCCUUGAAAUCAAGGUUAAGCCCACACCUGUUCAAAACGACCUUUGAUCAGCAGUAAAUGGAACGCUGAUCAACACAUUUAUUGAUCAUUUUGAUGAUGGCAUUUGACGAAUUGUUGUGUUUGCUGCUUGUUUCUCAACUGGUUGCUGUCAUGACUCAAAGUACUUUGAACUGCUUCGCUUCUGAAAUGUGCUUUACAAACGAACUUGGCGUCAGUCCCAUCGAUGGGUUUCACGCCAUCUUGCCGUGGAUUAGCAUCUGAGACGGGUGAUUUUGUCACCUCUUAGCACCAAUCUGCGUCACUUUUUGUCUCAGUCUGUCUGCGUUAGUCGUCCCAAAUGAGAUCCAACGUGGCAGCACCACAAGCUUUUGCUCAGCUCGUUGUGGCGGAGAUGAAAUGACGGACGACCGCAGCCAGAUAGCAAGCUCUUCGUCCUGAUCUCUUGAGCGAGCAUUUGAGAAAUGCGGAACACGCCCGUCGUCCAAUGUGUCUCGUCGCGUCAAAGCGUUGUUUCCGUGGCUCUAAACGAUCCAAAAAUGGAAAUGCAGAGAAAAGGAUCCGUCAGGCCGCGUAAUCUUUCAGCAGACGAAGCAGCGUGGUCUUGCAAUUUUGAGACGCACCUUGAAAUUGUAGUGUCUCUUUAAGAAACUCCUGCUUUUUCUGAAUCUCUGCCUUCAAGAAGUCACCUCAACAUGGCUCCUCUAUUUACCCUUGAGCAACAUUUUUACCAGUGUUACACUGACAAGUAGCUCCUAUUAUGAGCUCAGCAGAUUGGUAGUUCCUCCAGACGUUUAAAAUGUGAACAUUUUCCAGCUGCAUGGAAAACAGUGCAGGGUUUUCCCAAUCACAACAACGGAGAUUAGAGGCCUCCCUAGUCAGAAUGAGUCAGUAAAUAAGGGGAACCAUUCUGACAUCUUUACAGCAGGUGGACAAGCAGAAGCCAAUGAAAAUACAUCACUCCAAUAUGCCAAUCUUCGUCCAGAAAAAUAUCGUUAUCGUUUAUGAAAUGCUUGUUCCAUGUUCUACACAAAGUGGGAACAUUUGGGACAUACAGACAUCUGGCUCUUCUCCCUGAUUCACUGCUGUGAAUCACUGGUUAGGAGCUAUAUUGUGUUUGUAUUUGUGCUGAAACAUAUUUUGUCUUUGGCAUUGGGUGUGUGUGUGUGUCUGUGCGCAUGCGUGUGUGUGUGUGUUUGUCCACUCAGAAACAAACCAAAAGUCAAAAGACGCCUGAGGAGGACACUAAAAAGGCAGCUGCUGUCAGAAAGGAGGUCUCUUAGCAAGAACACACAGACUCUAUCAACUGCUCUACUGCAGUCGCAAACACACAGCAACUACUGGGUGCGACGACACACACAAAAGGCAACAUGGGAUAUUCUCUCACAGACUGACGCUCAGUGAUAAAUAGAGGACGGGGCAUCUCAGUUCAUUGUCUUCUAAUCUGUUAAAGGGGCAGAAAUAUGAUUUACCAGGCAUGUGGUGCCAUUUUGUCAGCUAUGUUACCUUCAGUUUUAUGAAAAUGCUGUAUAUAUCAAAUUUGACUUCACAAUUUAACACCUUGAAAUUGGGUCUUUUUCUCUUUAAGAAGCUCCUGCUCUUUCUUCGCCUUCAGGAAGUCAUCACAACAUGGCUCCUCUAUUAACCCUUUAAUGACGUUUUUACCAGUGUUCCACUCAGAAGUAGCUGUGAUGACCAGCUCAACAGACUCACAGUUACACCAGGUGGUUGCUGAUUGCAGCUGGCUAGUCUGAAGGAGCUCAGUGGGGGAGUUGUGGAGGGGUGUGCUGCUCCAUCUGGCAGCUCAGAGGAGGAGCUUCAGCCUUGAAGGCGGGGCUAGGUCCAUCCAGGUGUUUUGGACAGCUCAAUGGUGGCCAAGGCGGCUCAAACGCCUCUUUAUGUUUCCGUCUGCUUAGGGCUAAAUGCUAACAUCAAGCUGUUAGCGCAGGAAGGAAAAGUCAAAUCCCGUGUUUUUUUAACACAAUAAAUCUGAUUCUGGUUACAAUGUGGCAAAGUGUGAAAACAUUGGGAUACUUUUGUGCGGCCCUGUAGUCAAACAGUCAACAUGUCUUCCAGUCAUCCUUGGCGCCCUGUGCUGGGCUAAAACACAACCACAACGCCGGUUGACAUAAUGGAGCUAAUCCUGUCUGGCUAUUUGUCUCACUAUGCCUGAAAUGUUCGUGGGCUCAGGAAAGGGAGACGGGGGGCCCGAGAGGGGUCACAUUAAAGCGUCAGGGUCUAUUUAAAGCGUGUGAGCAUAAUUAGCCCCUAAAAACCUCUCCUUCCUCGCCUGGAGACGGACAUCCACAAGGUCGAACAAGGUCAACAGUUGGACGUACGGGUCGUUGGCUUGACAUCGGCUUAUUUCUCCGCUCUAUGAGUCUCUUUGCGAUGCCUGUCUGGAGAUUUCUUUUGGGUUUUUUUCUCCAGAGGAUGAUUGACUUUAGCAAAGGCCUUAGCUGGAGAAAAAGAAUUUAAAACAAAGUGGCAGAGCGGAAAACAGCUCAGCUUUGAGACAACAGCUCCCUUGUCUGUAAUUGUCUCUCCACAGAGCGGGAUCAGGCCUGUCACAGGGACUUACGUGAACCCAUCCUCAACGCAUGUCAACUCUGGGAACAAAGUUGCAGAAAGGUUGACGUGGAAACGCAAAAAGUGAUGAUGUUAAACUAGAGGCUUGGCAGCUAACACGUCACCAUGGGAAAAACAGAAAGAAAGAUAGAAAGAAGCACAAAAAGACGGCUGAAUAUUUUUGCUAUGUGCAUUGGCAGUUCUGUAAAGAUCCCACAUGGCAGCCCAUCAAAACUGUUUCACGAGGACAUCUAGUGGCCACGUUGUUUUCAGCAGUCAGGAAACAGACCAAAGUCAGUGAUGAUAAAAUCCAACUUCAUUUCAAGAAACGUCUGCAUGCAGACAUCGUGAGCAUGAAGGUCACAUUCAUUUUGAGCUCUUUAGAUGCAGUCGAUCUACUUUGAGGGUGUGGUGGUUCAAAAAUAACGUUAUAGAUAUCUAAAAACUCGGAGUGCAUGAAUUCAUGUUGCAAGUGAAAUGGUCCGUCAGUAGAUCUAACACCUUUUCAUCAAUGUUAAAGAAUUAUUGACUUAAAACAAGCUCCUAUUUAUUUAUUGAUUGAUUUUUCAUGUUUAUCCUAUUGUCAGUUGAACAGCUGCACUGGACAAAUUGAUGUAAAUAAUGAAAGAAUAAUACAAUAUUUAAAUAUUUAAACUUCAGCCCAAAUAAUCAGCUAGAUCAUUGGAAAUUUAACAUGUUUGGGUUUUCCGACAGGAUAUUGAAACUGAUCAAACAUCAAAGCUCGUCUGAGAAGUGCUACGAAAGAUUAAAGAUCUCUAAUCCGGUUAAAUGGCACAGCGAAUGCCUCAUGACGCUGCUGGACAAGAUGGCCGAUCAGUCCUUGGGAUGUUGGCUGUGCAGGUGGAGAGAGACCCAAGGACGGGUGCCACCGUCAUCAAAUCAGUGGCCCCCAUCUCCUCACCUCCUGCUGCUCCGACAUCGACAACCAUCUUUGACGAUGGAAGGAAGAGCAUCCACACCGUUGGCGGUUCGGUAGACGAACCUUCGACCGAAGAGCUCGGUGAGAUAUUGACCAUCAUUGAUGACGUCGGGAUGACGGUGCUGCUGGAUGAUGUAGCAGCGACACCGAACAAAACAGAGAUUACCACUGGGAAUGGAGAAAGAAACAAAAGUCAAGGUCACGUCCUGAAUUUCAUCACCCCUAAUGGCACAUCAAAGGAGGACUAUGCACAGUUGGAUAACUCUGGGUAUAAAAGGGAAGUUGAGAGGAUGAAAGAGUGUACAAGUGUUAGAAUCCCAGAUAAAGAAACCAAGAUCGUCACCAAAGACAUUACAGAAAUUCUGGAGAACAUGGAGGGUCAAAGCCUGGAGGAAGAUCCAGUAACUCUUGUGUUCCUGGGUUACACUGACGCGUCGCCUGAGGAGGAUCACAAUGACGAGGACUACGAAGGCAUGCUCACUGCAGAGCGGGUCAUCAUUACUGAGUACGGCGAAGAACACGUGGUGGAGCCAGGAGCCGCUGCUUCACUUCAAUCGCCCUCUGCAACCAAAGGAGAGCAAGAGACUCAGAAAAAGACUCAAGACACAACCCUUCAGGAUGUUCCACUGAAUGAUGACGACGCAGAACCCCAAACCCAGAGGGAAGACGGCGUUGAGAAUGACGGCAGGCGGAAGAAAUGUCGGUGUUGCUCUGUCAUGUAGAAGACAACUAAUGGAAGAUGGUAUAUUUUUAGACACAUAUUUCCCUUAAGCUCAGUCUUUAUCAAAGUUAGAUGUAUCUCUGCUUCCCUCUCCUAGAGGACAGAGCACAGAAUUUCUUUUUCAGGACUCAAGCAAAAGAUUUGGCCAUAUAUCAGCCAAAUAAGUUCAGUACUUGUUUGGGGAUUGCUGUUUGUAUCGUUUUUAAUGUUUUUGCAUGGUUCAAUGUGUUUGUCAGGUUUUAUGUUCUUGUUAGGUAUAAAAACUGUGACGUCUCUUGACUCGAUGCUUCCAGAGGGCAGUUGCCACAGAGAACAAAAACAUGGAUACUUUGGUCUAAGUCUGCUCCAGUAGGAGGGAUUGCUGCAUAGAACAAGGAGAUUUUAAUAAGUUCAAUUGACUCCAAAUCGGACUGCAUUAUUGGAUUAAAUUUAGUUUUUUGGUUGAAACUAUUUAGUCAUUUUAUAUAAUACGUUUCUUACGUUUGUUGUAUAUCAAGUACACCUUGUGCCUACCCAACUCCUAACGUCUGUGCCUUUUUUUAAAUAAAUACAAAGUGACGCGUACAAAAACGUUUAACCUUGUACUAACCGUUUUUGCCAAAUAAACCAGCAGGACAAAUAAAAAAACAUCUGACAGUGAUAAGAAAUGACAUCAAAACCCCUAAAUCCUCUUAAAAAAUAAAUCAUCCACCUUAUUCCUAUAUUUCAUAAUGCUAUGUUCGAGAGCAAACGCAGAUUGAAACAUGAGAAUAUCAACAUUUUGCCUCAAUCAGGAUGACUUAAACCAUAGCUGAAGCUUAAAUCUUUCAAAGAAUGGGAGGAUGAGCCAAAUAAAUGGACUCUGAUUAUACAUAACCAGCAAAAUUAGCUACUUUGUCAUCUACCUUUCAAUGGAAUUGAGGUCAAAUACAUUAAUAAAUAAAUUUGACACUGAGCUGUCAUUUCCCGUGAUUUUAAUUAGCUUUUUAGUCCAUGAAUUGUGCAUUUGAUCAUUUAAUGAAGUCGUUUUUAGAUGCGAGUUUAGAAUGCUGGCAGGAUAUUAUGCACUGAUGAAUUAUUGAUCAUGAAACAGGUUUUUAUCAAUCUUUAUGUCUUAAACCUAUAAAGAGUUUUUAGUGAAUCAUUGUUAUGGUGACAAUGAUUCGCCUCAUUUCCAGGCGAUGAACUGAACGGUGCUACAUGGACUGGUUGAAGGUCGGGAUGCUUUGUAACCGGACCCUGCUUUAAACUGCUCUGUGUCAUUAUCACCGUGUUGCUUAAUGGUCUUCAUGAUUCUACUUGUUCUCUAACCAGUCUCGCUGCCAAGAGAGGGGCAGCGGGGGCCAUGAACCCCUCUUGAAAAAUGUAAAUAUGAACAAAUAAAUAAACCUGAUUUUUCUUUUUUUUUCUUGCA